ACGCAGCCAUGAAUCCGUUAUUCGGUCCCAACCUCUUCCUCCUACAGCAGGAGCAGCAGGGCCUGGCCGGGCCACUGGGGGAACCCCUGGGAGGCGACCACUUCGCCGCGGGAGGGGACGUGUCCCCGGCGCCGCUCGCCCCGGCCGGCCCGGCCGCCUACUCGCCGCCCGGGCCGGGCCCGGCGCCCCCCGCCGCCAUGGCGCUCCGCAACGACCUGGGCUCCAACAUCAACGUGCUCAAGACCCUGAACCUCCGCUUCCGCUGCUUUCUGGCCAAGGUGCACGAGCUGGAGCGCCGCAACCGGCUGCUGGAGAAGCAGCUGCAGCAGGCGCUGGAGGAGGGUAAGCAGGGCCGGCGGGGCCUGGGCCGCCGCGACCAGGCCGUGCAGACCGGCUUCGUCAGCCCCGUCCGGCCCCUGGGGCUGCCCCUCGGCCACCGACCGGCCGCCGUCUGCACCCCGUCGGCGCGGGUGCUGGGCUCGCCCGCGCGCUCGCCAGCCGGGCCACUCGCGCCCUCCGCCGCCGGCCACUCGGCGCCCUCCACCUCCACCUCCACCUCCUACUGCUCGUCAACCCGCUUCAUGCCCGGCACCAUCUGGUCCUUCUCUCACGCCCGCCGCCUCGGGCCGGGACUGGAGCCCACUCUAGUGCAAGGGCCUGGCCUGUCGUGGGUGCACCCUGACGGGGUGGGCGUCCAGAUCGACACCAUCACCCCCGAGAUCCGCGCGCUCUACAACGUCCUGGCUAAAGUGAAGCGCGAGCGGGACGAGUACAAGCGGAGGUGGGAAGAGGAGUACACCGUGCGGAUACAGCUGCAGGAGCGAGUGAACGAGCUGCAGGAGGAAGCCCAAGAGGCUGACGCCUGCCAGGAGGAGCUGGCCAUGAAGGUGGAGCAGCUGAAAGCUGAGCUCGUGGUCUUCAAGGGGCUCAUGAGCAAUAACCUGUCUGAGCUGGACACAAAGAUCCAAGAAAAGGCCAUGAAGGUAGAUAUGGACAUCUGUCGCCGCAUCGAUAUCACGGCCAAACUGUGCGACGUGGCUCAACAGCGCAACUGUGAGGACAUGAUCAAGAUGUUCCAGAAGAAGCUGUCUCUGCACUUGUCUCCCAUUAAGGUCCCAUCCAUGGGGGGGCGGAAGCGGGAGCGCAAGGCGGCCAUCGAGGAGGACACCUCCCUGUCGGAGAGUGACGGGCCCCGCCAGCCCGAUGGGGAUGAGGAGGAGAGCACAGCCCUCAGCAUCAACGAGGAGAUGCAGCGCAUGCUCAACCAGCUGAGGGAGUAUGAUUUUGAGGACGACUGUGACAGCCUGACUUGGGAGGAGACUGAGGAGACUCUGCUGCUGUGGGAGGAUUUCUCAGGCUAUGCCAUGGCAGCCGCAGAGGCGCAGGGAGAGCAGCAGGAAGACAGCUUGGAGAAGGUGAUUAAAGAUACUGAGUCCCUAUUCAAAACCCGGGAGAAAGAAUAUCAGGAAACCAUUGACCAAAUAGAGCUGGAGCUGGCUACGGCCAAGAACGACAUGAACCGGCACUUGCACGAGUACAUGGAGAUGUGCAGCAUGAAGCGGGGCCUGGAUGUGCAGAUGGAGACCUGCCGCCGGCUCAUCACCCAGUCUGGGGACCGAAAGUCUCCUGCUUUCACUGCGGUCCCGCUUAGCGACCCGCCGCCGCCGCCACCAAGCGAGACUGAGGACUCCGAUCGCGAUGUCUCAUCUGAUAGCUCCAUGAGAUAGGGACGCACCUCCAGCCUGGCGCCCCGGGGCCCCACCCAGCCUGCUGGGAACUCGCAGAGGCAGAGGGGUGGGGGGUUCACAGAAGGGGAACUUCAUCCGUCCCACCCGCCGCACCAAGCCUCGCCCCUGGGGACUUGGGCACUUCCCCCUCUGAUUUCCUGCCUUAGUCCUUGGCCUCCAGGGCUCUGAGGUGUCUGGAGUGAGGCUCAGCCCGCCCUGCCCAGACUGCCCUGCCCCCACAGCUGGGGCUCCCUCGCCUUCACGUGUGGGUGUCUGCUACCUUCUCAUCUUCAGAAUGCUGCCAGAGCCAUGGUGGCCCCUUACUUGUCCAUUGAGUAAGGAAUGUGGUCGUCAGAUCUCCUUUCCAUCUCUGUGGCCUCGAGCCAGCUUACUGUCUUUGAUUCUGUACUGGUGCUAACUGGCCCAGGCACUGGUAUGAAGUGGGUUAGGCUGGUCGUUCCAGGGCUUGUGCCACAGGUGCAGUGGGAGGGGGCUUCCUCUGAGGGGCAGCUGAGGGGAGGCAGGACUGGGUGCUCCUCCCCCCCCCCCCGUUGUCAUCCACCCGUGGAUGGCGGUGAUGGGGCUGUGACCCUUCCCUCGUGGAAGUGCCCUGCAUUGUAGGGGCCUUAGUGCCUCCGGUCUCGGUGGCUUCUGGAUCUGCCUGGGUGCCAUGCUGGGGAGGGAGACGGAAGCUCUUGUUUGUUUCCCAACGCUGAGGGCAGAGAAAAAGGUGAAGCUACCUGUGUGUGUGUGUGUGUGUGUGUGUGUGUGUGUGUGCCCGCGAGUGCGUGUGGUGUGUGUGUGCACGUGUAUGUGUGCUCAGGGUCUCAGUUUCUUCAAGCAUCAGCUGAAGAUGUGCCUCCUCCGUGUCUGUGGUACGUUCACUGAGAGCAGCAGGCUGAGAAGAUGUCCCGGACGAAAAGCUUGGGAGAAGGUGGGGGGCCGUGAGUGCAAGCCCCUCAGCAGACCCGCCUGCGGGGAGCUGUGCUGAGCGGACACUUGAAUGGAGUCUUUAAUAAUAAUGAAAGUGGCGAGUAUUUAUUGAA